GCCAGUAUUUUCCACAGCUGCAUUACAAAGAGGUCGCUCUCCUCCUGGCAGAAAAUUGGUGGUUUUCCAGUGACCAGCGAAGUGCUUGGAUGAGUUAAGAAAUAGGAAUAUGUCCGUCAUGUAGAAUACAGGAUUGAGCUGCCUUAAUAGAGAUGAAUUUUGCCAGAAGGCCUUUGUUGCAAAGUGUGACAAGGCUUAGAACCUUGGGAUGUUAUGCUAGGCCAAGGCCUAUCUUGUGUGUGGUGAACUCGAAUAACUCGGCAAAUGAUUUAAAAUUUGCGAGAAUAACAUCUCGUUUUUUGAAUACAAAGGAAGAAAACCCUCACAAAAAAGGAAGAUUCCAAGAAAUUGACGAUCAUGGAUUCCAAAUACCGAUUGAAGAUUCUACUAGAUACACAGAUGAAGAGAAAGCACGAAGAAAAAAGAUGGGUCAAUACUACUCUAUGCUAAUUGCAGCUUUGGUUGGGUUGAUUUCUUCUUCAUACCUUUUGUAUAUAAGAAUGGUUAAUGUUGAAGCAAAGGCCUUAGAAGAUGGAUCACAAGAGACAUUACGAGAUCAAGAGAGAGAAGAACAACAAGCCACACAAGUGAAUACAAAAGCGACAGAAAAAGUUGCUCUGCACAAGAGCAAAGCAGGUUUCAGGGAGAGAAAAAUAAUUGAAUAUGAAAACAGAAUAAGAGCUUACAGCACACCAGACAAGGUAUUCCGGUAUUUCGCAACUUUACAAGAUGCAGAAACCAGCACAAUCUAUAUGAAACCAGAAGAUUUCGUAAGGUCUUUGACUCCUGAUACUAUGCAGCCAGAAGGCCUUGGACUUGACCAGUUCCACAAAUUUGAUAGAAAGAGCAAAAAGCUUAAAUACAAGAGUAAAUUAUUUGGAGAUGAAAGUGUUUUCAAAUGCUUUGGUGAAGGUGGCCUAAUCUCAUUUUCUGAUUAUGUCUUUCUUCUGACAGUCCUUGGAACUCCAGAAAGGCAUGUUGAUAUUGCAUUUAGAAUGUUUGAUUUAAAUGGCGAUGGUGAGGUAUCUUUGGAAGAGUUCAAAAGGGUCAAGAAUGUGUUUUUGUCAAUGACAACGACAGGAGCCAGACAUCGCGACAGAAGCACAACAGGAAAUGUGCUUGUAGAAGAAUCUCAUUCUGGUAUUAUGGCCUACUUUUUUGGCGAAAAUGGCAAAGGAAAACUGACAGUUGAUGCGUUUGUAAAUUUCAAAAGAAAACUCCAGAGGCAGGUCAUGAGGCUAGAGUUUGAGAGCUACAAUCCACAAAAUAACUGCAUAAAAGAAGUUGAAUUUGCCGAAAUUCUAAUGACAUACGCAAGUCUGUCUGAUAAACAGCGAAAGAAGAAAAUAAAGAAAGUUAAGAAGACAUUUAGGCCGGCAGAAUCUGAGGGCAUUCUGUUCAGUGACUACUUGGAUUUCUUCAGCUUUCUGAUCAAUAUUCGAGACGUUGACAUGGCACUAAGCUUCCAUACCGUCGCUGGACAAGCCGUAGAUCCAGAAACUUUCAAACAAGUGGCCCAAACUGUAGCUGGUGUGAAUCUUCGAGACCAUCUCGUUGAUGUUGUGUUUAAACUAUUUGAUGAAAACGAUGAUGGUCAUCUUAGCAACAAAGAAUUCGUUGCUGUAAUGAAAGACAAGUUAUUCAGAGGAUUAAACAAACCCAAAGACACUGGAUUGACCCGUUUCCUGUCUUCCAUACUCAUUUGUGCCAAGCAACACAUUCCAGAUUAUUGGACAAGCCCGCCAAAAUAGGAACUUAUAACAUUCAACAGGGUUUAUCUUGUUUGUCGCUGUAACCUUGUUACGUAAUAACGGGCUGAAUGUUAAAUGAUAGCUAAUGUUUUCUGAGUCCUAGCUUUAAUUAUGACAUAUGUAGCUGGGGUCUAGACUUGCUAAAGCAGUGUGUUCUUACUUUCCUGUAUGAUUGCACUUCAACUGGAUGUAUUAUUUAAUACUUAAAUUUAUUCAAAAACGUUUAAAUGCUAAUAAAA